CGACCCUAACCCCGCCUUCUUCCCUGCCAUCGCCGACAUGCCAAGGAAGGAGAGCUCGUCGCGGCGGCGGCGCCGGCGCAGCCCGUCCCCGUCCGAUUCGGACGACGCCUCCGAAUCCAGCGGCUCGCCCCGCCGGAGCCGCAGCCGGCACCGCCGCAGGAGCCGCCGGAAGGCCACCCCGCCCUCCUCCAGCGACGCGAGCGAUUCCCAGGCUUCGGGCUCCGGGUCCGACUCCGGGGACCGCCGCCGGAGGCGCAGCGGCAGCCGGAAGCGCGGGGGCGUCACCGAGGAGCAGAUCGUGGAGUACAUGGCUAAGAAGGCGCAGAAGAAGGCUGAGAAGGUGGCGAAGAAGAUGAAGACAAAUGCCGUGUCCGGCUACUCCAACGAUUCAAACCCUUUUGGCGAUCCAAACCUAACAGAGAACUUUGUUUGGCGAAAGAAGAUUGAGCGUGCCGUAACUGAAGGAGAAAAGGUGGACAUUUCUGUCAAGUCCGAGAAGAAGAGACAGAGGGAAAGAAUGGCUGAAAUAGAGAAGGUGAAGAAAAGAAGGGAGGAAAGAGCAAUUGAAAAAGCACAGCAUGAGGAAGAAAUGGCAUUGUUAGCCAGAGAAAGAGCACGUGCUGAGUUUCAAGAUUGGGAGAAGAAAGAGGAAGAGUUUCAUUUUGAUCAAAGCAAAUUUAGGUCUGAGAUCAGGUUACGGGAGGGACGUACAAAACCUAUUGAUGUUCUCCUGAAGAACCUCAACUUCGCAGACGAAUUUGAUGUUGAGUUAAACGAGCCCUACUUGGUGUUUAAGGGAUUAACAGUGAAGGAGAUGGAAGAGCUACGUGAUGACAUUAAGAUGCAUCUCGAUCUGGACAGGGAAAGCCAAGUAAAUGUCAAGUACUGGGAGGCACUUAUGGUGGUGUGCGACUGGGAGCUGGGUGAGGCUCGGAAAAGAGAUGCCUUGGACCGGGCAAGGGUGCGUGGUGAGGAGCCACCCCCUGAGGCUGCUGUGGAAGAGAGAGGCUUACAUGCAAGUAUUGAAGGUGAUGUAAAAGAUCUCUUGGAGGGUAAGACUUCCACAGAGCUAGAAGAGAUGCAAAGUCAAAUCGAGUCCCAGAUGCGCUCUGGAACUGCAAAAGUUGUUGAAUACUGGGAGGCAAUUUUGAAACGCCUUCAUAUUUACAAAGCAAAGGCUUGCCUGAGGGAAAUUCAUGCUUCUCUCCUGCGGAAGCAUCUGCAUCGCCUAGAAAAUACUGGCACUGAUGAACAGGUUGUCGAAGCUGAUGAAGAAUUGGACACUAAAGAGCAUGAUGUGAUGCAUGAUGAGGAAGAAGAUGAUAAACAAUAUUCACCAGAACCUAUAGCUGCGCAAACAGAGAGCUAUUUAGAUGAAGAAGCUGGCUCCUUCUCACCUGAGCUAAUGCAUGGCAAUGAAGAUGAAGAUGCAAUUGAUCCUGACGAGGACAAGGCCGAGCUGGAUCGAAAACGUGAAGCUGUAGUUAUCGAGCAUCAAAGGAAAGCCAAGGAGGUCAUGACAGCUAAGGCAACAAAACCAGAUGAGUUGGAGGUGAAAGCAAUGAAGGCGAUGGGAGCAAUGGAGGAAGGUGAUGCCGUAUUUGGUGCUGGUGCUGAAGUGAACCUGGAUUCACAGGUGUACUGGUGGCAUGACAAGUACCGACCAAGAAAACCGAAGUACUUUAAUCGUGUGCAUACUGGAUAUGAGUGGAACAAAUACAACCAGACUCAUUAUGAUCACGACAACCCACCUCCUAAAAUUGUCCAGGGCUACAAGUUCAACAUAUUUUACCCUGACCUUGUGGAUAAAUCAAAAGCACCAACAUACACUAUAGAGAAAGAUGGAAGUGCUGGUGAGACAUGCCAUAUAAGAUUUCAUGCUGGACCUCCGUAUGAAGAUAUUUCUUUCCGUAUCGUAAACAAGGAAUGGGAAUACUCCCAUAAGAAGGGCUUCAAGUGUACGUUCGAACGUGGGAUUCUCCAUCUGUAUUUCAACUUCAAGCGAUAUCGCUACAGGCGAUAAAUACCACUCGAGGAACUGGAGCACAAGACCCUUGGAAGUUGGUCUGUACCUGAGAAUGUACACUUGCACGGACAUCAGAUUGAAGUCAGACUAUCCAUCUUCAGAUUAGAUCAUGUACCAAAAUGUGAACAUAGGCAGCAAUCUGUUAGUUUUGUAUCAAAAUUUUGUUCUGCUUUUUGCCUUGAGUAGAAUGGAGACUAUUGGAUUAAAAUACAAAAUGCUCUGUAAAUGCUAUUCAUUGUGCGCCCAACCAUGUAUCUUAGUAGUUUAAACUGUCUUAUAAUGCAAGUUGACAGUCUAAUAUUACUAA